AUGCCCCUUAGACCCAAUCCUGCUCUGCCCCCCUCGCAGCCAGCAAGAGACUUACCGCCUCCCCAACGCCCCAUUGAACGUCCAACACCUCCUCCCAAAGCCCUAGCCCUGCGAGGAUCGCUGGAUAAGAUCAGAUCCGUCAGUUCAGAGCACAACGCCGUCCCCCCCAGAGUCCCAGAAAAGCCGCGCAUAGUGCCCGCUCCACCGCCUCGCCCAUCCUCGACCAUCAUCCUCCCAGCCCCCUCCACCUUGGCCCCCUUGCAAGAGUACCACAGCGGGUUUUCUGAGCAAGACGCUGAGUCGGGCUCGGGUCUAAACAAACAUCGCCGCGGGACAUCGUUCCCGAACCUGAUCGCCCUCACCUUUGGCACCGAAAACCAGCCCGCCUCCUCGUCGGAGCAAACCGACAAUUCCCAAGGAGCGUUUGCCGACUGGCUCAACAGCUCGGGCGCGGCAGCAGCAGAAGCAUUGGGAAUGGCUCCCACCUUAACAGCCCGCAGUAGCAAAGCGAGCAAGGCGGCGGACAAUCAGUCCCUGACCGGCUCCGUUCGCGACGGCGACACCUCCUUGGACAAGACGCCCACAAGGUCGCGUAGACGCGGGACCAACGCCAGCCAGUUCAGCAACCGCAGCAGCAUGCAUGAGCCAUCUACGCCCAAGGGUAACGUCACCUCCCGGCUCAUAUCGGCCAUCUCGUCCAAGUUUACACCGGGCCCGGCAGCGUCCUCUGGCCCUGCCGUUGACGACGACGAGAUCCUGAACCUCGACAUCGAGGCCGCCCUGUUCCCUCCCAAUGGGGCUGCGCCCAACAGCGACACCUUCUCCCCGGCCGCGUACAAGGACCUGCAGGCCAACGCCAUCGGCCUCCUCACCAAGAUGCAAGCCGCCUUCCGCGAGCGCGUAAUCACCAUCCGCGACCUGGAAGCCGAGAAGUCUGCCCAGCGCGACGAGAUCGAGGCGGCCGAGACGCGCGCCCAGCACCUGAAGAUGCAGCUCGAGGGCAUGGCGCGUAAGGCUUCUGAGCACGAGCAGGCCAUCCAGAAGCUGAUGGACGAGCUCGCCUUUGAGCGCAGCAAGUUCCGUCCCGUCCCACAGCGCACGUCGACCAUCAUGUCCGAGUGCAGCGUUGUGUCGGAGGACCUCGGCGUCGACGCCGACUACAACGCCCGGCGCAAGUGGCGCGAGAGCGCCAGCACCAUCAAGACGGACUACUCGUACUCGACUGACACCGACAGCGUCGCCGAGAGCGAGAGCGUGUUCUCCGCGCGGUGCCGCAGCCCCAUCGUUCCUGGUGGCGGCUUUGAUGGUACCAUGAGCAUCGUCAACAGCCCCGCUCCCUCAGUAACGACGUUGCAACGGAACGUAAGCGUCACCAACAAGAGGAGGUCCAUGGGCCCCCCUCCCCCCGUCCCGACCACCCCCAAGCCCAAGAUCAUGGGAACCCAGAUGAGCGCCUUCCAGAAGAUUAUCAGGGGCAUCGCGCCCGGCUCGGACGAGAACGGGUGCGUGAACUGCAGGGGCCAGGACGCUAGCAUGGCUUGGGACACGGUCGGCUUGCUGCGUGACGAGAACAGGCACUUGAAGGAGCGCGUGGGCGAGUUGGAGAUGGCGGUCGAGGGAUGUUUGGACUUGGUUAACGGCAUUGGCCUGUAAAAGCUGUUGUCGUUCCAAUCCAGCUGAUGUGGCGUUUAAGGGUUUUUAUGACU